AUGCUCAUCGCUCCUGUCAACACAACUUGGAAAAUGAAAAAUCACCGCGAGCGCUUCCAAUCCAGCAGCAGCACCGACGAAAAUGACUCGGGCUCCGAGCCGGAGCACGAGGAGCACCUCCAGCUCCAGCAAGGCCAGCUGGAUAUGGUCAACCUGGCCCUGGGCGCCACAGUCCGAAAGCGGCGCGGGAACCUUCCCAAGCACUCUGUCAAGAUCCUGAAGCGUUGGCUCUACGAGCACCGCUACAACGCCUAUCCCAGCGACGCUGAAAAGCUGACACUUUCUCAAGAAGCGAAUCUCACUGUCCUGCAAGUUUGCAACUGGUUCAUCAACGCCAGACGGAGGAUCUUACCGGAAAUGAUAAGGCGUGAAGGACAUGAUCCCCUGCACUACACCAUAUCUCGAAGGGGCAAGAAGUUAAGCGGAAUUGGCGGGAUGGUGGAGCAGCCCCAGGUGAACUGGAAUGGGGAGUUGCAGACUAUUGGGGGCAAGAGGGUGCGCUUGGAUCAUGAUUAUGAGGACAGCAUGACCUUGAUGUACCGUUCUGAGGAGGAGAGCCCCAAUGAGUAUGAGAGUUCUAGUCCUAGUGAGGAGGAGAAGUUCACCCCCUGGCAGACUGUCAUUCGCUAUGGGGUUUCUAAUAAUUCCAAUCAUCCUGCUAGCAGAGGGCACUAUGAAGACUUGAGUAAUAAUGAGUACUGGAUGGCCCCACAUCCCCAGUUGAGUCACUUGCAGCAACCUACAAACCCUAUCCCCACUCCAAAAGUACAGGUGAUGCCCUCCCACUCGGUGGAGCAGCUGAUGACCUCCGACCCUCUGACGACCGACGGCGAGGAGGAGGACAAGUUCAAGUGCCUGUACCUGCUAGUGGAGACGGCGGUGGCGGUGAGGCAGCGCGAGAAGGAGCAGGGCGAUCUGCAGAUGUAACCGCGACCCCCCCCCUCCCCCUACCCCUCGUGUCGGUAAUCGAUCAAAGGGGUGCUCGUCGGGGGGUGUUUUGGGGAUGAGGAGGGUUUUUAGGUCGUACUGCCACAAAACGAUUGGUGGAAAGUCGCCGUAA